AUGAAUACUGAAGUCAUAUUAGAAGAUCCAGAAGUAGAUACUGAGGCGGCAACCGAAGAAAAAGAAAUACCAAUUUGCGCUCGUUUAGUAUUUACAAAAGAGCAGACUGAAUCCCUUAAAAAUUUUGAUGUAAAAGCUAAAUUAGAGCUAACUGAAUAUCAGAAAAACGAUUUACACGAGGCGUUCAACCUUUUAGAUUACAAUGGAGAAGGCAAAAUCAAAGCAGAGGAUUUUCGAGUAGCCAUAAAGGCUUUAGGAUAUGAACCUACGAAAGAAGAACUUCAAAAAAUGAUAAAUGGCGUGGAUAAAGGUCUUACUGGUAAAUUAAGUUUUGAGAACUUUGAAACCGCUAUUAUGCGUAAAAUAAUGUCACUGGAUAGCGAUGGUGAUAUAAUGAAAAGUUUUAGGCUUUUCGAUAUGGAUGACUGUGGAUUUAUUAGUUUUGAAAAUCUAAAACAAGUUACUAAAAUAUUAGGAAUUUACUUAAGUGAUCAAGAAAUAGAAGAAAUGAUUGAUGAUGCUGACAAAGACUUCGACGGAUUCAUUUCUGUUCAAGAGUUUAUGAGAAUGAUUAAAAACUCAGUUGAUAUCGUUACUCCAUAA